AUGACUGCUGAUUCUUUUGUCACAAUUGGCGAUUCCGCCACCGCCGCUAGCCAUCCGUUCAGCCGCUGGGCAAUUGAGCCGCUAGGGGACUUGGGGGAGUCACAAGGAGAGGCGCAGGGGGAGGAUUUUCCGCCAAGCGCAGCUGCGCUGGCUUCGGGCGCAGCUGUAUGUUGGCGGAACACUGCCGGGGAAGGGAAGGGGAUGGAUACCGUGGCGGAGCGGCGGGCGGGCGGGGGCGCAGCAGACGAGGGGGCACUAUGGAGAGCCGCGGAGGAUGCGGACAAGGCGCGGCGGAGGAUGCGCGCCGUGGGCGCUGGCAAUUUGCGCUCACCCUCCGCGAGCGGGGAGCCUGCACGGUACCCGCGCGGUGCUUUCUUGCCCGCCUGCUCGCGCUCUAGCUGCUCCGCCAGCUUCACCCACACGCGGUCCAUGUCGGGGGAAUCGCGCGACCGCUCCGCAAUCACCUCCGCGUUGGGGCUGCGCACGACAGCGGGGGUCGGCGGACGCCAGCCCGAGGGGGAGGCGGAAGGGGAGGGGGAAGACUGA